UUUCAAGACUCGGCUGAGGAAUUUAUAUACAAAUCUUGGUAAAUUAGAACUCAUCAGUUCUUAACACAACAUUAAGCAAACAACACAAGCAAUGCGGACAUAUCAAAUAUUUGCAAUAUAUCUCAUAUUCAGUCUAACGCCAACAACUUUUGGCAGAAAUACUAUAAAUUUUAAUGAUGUCGAAGAACAAGUACUCUCUAAUACAACACCACGAAAACCAGUUUUAGUUUAUGCCUUCGACAACCUCUCAUCAUUAGGCAAGGAAUAUAUUGCCCGUGGUGUAGAAAUCUCUCGUAAUAUUCUCAAAGAUGAGGAACUCAUCGCAAAUGAUAAACCUGAAGUAGAAACAUUUAAAAAUAAUUUAAAACAAUUUGUUGAAAAAUAUGAUAACUCAAGGAGAGACGUGCAGGAUAUCUGGAUUUUAAUAGAAAAUUUUGGUGAUAUUUGGCAAAAAUAUUAUAAAAUGCCUGAGGAUGAGAAGUCGCCAGAAGCGAAAUUUAUUUUGGAUAUAUUAAACAAAUACGGUUGUGAAAGUAACAAUAGAGAAUUUAUUAAUAAAUUCCAUGUAUUUGCCGAUGGUUUUAUUGCGAAAUUUGAAGAGUCUAAGGAUCAGAUGGAUAAAGGUUCGGUGGCAUGGUUGGAAGAGUUUAAGGCCUCAACUGAAUUUAGCAAAAAAUUUGCUGCAGUCCUGGAAUAUGUUAUAAUAAUGGGUUAAUUUGUCAUAAAAAUAUGUUUGUGUGUUAAUAAAUGGAAAAGUUUAA